UGUUUGUAGUUCAUCUGUCAGGAGAGCGCGUUGCACUGCAGCAUCCUGUGCUGUUGGUGGCGCUGCAUUAAACGCACCCUUGACAAUUUUACAACUGCGUUCCGGUCUGCGGCAUUUUGGUGGUGAAUGUGGAGAGAGGAUUGUAAUCACAUUCAUAACCCUUUACUGGCUGCAAGAUGUUCUUGACUCUGGCACUUUUUCGGAAGGGGAUCCCAGGAAAGCAGUGGAUCGGGAAGCACCGUCGGCCUCGUGCAGUCACCUGGCAGAUGAAGCGGAAUAUGGUGGAACGCCUGGAGCAGGAAGCAGAGAAUGAAUACUGGAUCAGCCGGCCGUUCAUGACAUUAGAGCAGGAGAGAGGCCACGCAGCACAGAGACGGGAGUGGAUGUCACUUCAAAUCAAAGCUGCGCGACAAGCCAAGUUUCCUGAACACAAAUACAUCGCAGACCAAUUGAACCACCUGAAAAUCACCAAGACCUGGUCCAGCUAACCAGAACACUAAAGACUGAUUGAGCAGAUCUCUGAGUUUUGAGAGGGAGCAGAAAGGACUUGUGUGUUGGAUUGAAUUUUCUGUUUGUGGAUGUUACAUUGUGCAUCUGUGUGUGAUAUGUGCUGUUUAUAAAUGAUAUCUAAUUAACA